AUGAACUUGUUAGCUAUACAUUUCUGUAUAUUUGUUCUAUUAAUUGAUAUCAUAGACUCAGUUGAGUUGACAUUUGAAUUGCCUGAUAAUUCGAAGGAAUGUUUCUAUCAGGAGGUUUUAAAAAACCGAUCGGCAAUUCUUGAAUAUCAAGUAAUUACAGGUGGACAAUACGAUGUGGACGUAGAACUCUUAUCUCCAACUAAAGAAAUAAUUUAUCGGCAAAUUAAAAGUCAGUUUGAUUCUCAUCAAUUUACAGCUCCUAAAACGGGUGUUUAUGCUGCGUGUUUUAGCAAUGAAUUUUCAACAUUCUCUCACAAACUGAUUUACAUGGACUUCAGUUUAACUGAAGAAGUAAAUCCGCUUCCUGGUGUCGAUGAACAUGCAACAGUUCUUACACAAAUGGAGCAAACAGCUCAAGAAAUUCACAAAAGUUUAAACGCUAUUCUUGAUUAUCAAACGCAUCAUAGAUUGCGUGAGGCACAAGGACGAAAGCGAGGAGAAGAUCUCAACGAGAGGGUUCUUUGGUUCAGCAUCAUUGAAACAUCUGCAAUGCUUAUUAUCGCAAUCACUACAGUCAUUGUGCUAAGGUCAUUCUUCACAGAAAAGAGACCAAGUCAAAUGAAAUAUGGGCGCCUUGAUGGACGUUAG